UAACUCUAGUUAAGAGCAAUGAUGCAAAAAAUGUGGAAAUAGCUUAUAAGUGUGUGGCAUAAAAUUAACUUGGACAAUUUAAAAUGAAAAGUUAAGGUUAUUAAAUAGAAUACCAAGAAUAUGUAAAGUGGUUAUUGUCACCAAGCAUUAUUGAACAGGUUUGUUUGGUGAAAAUCCUGAUAAACCAUGCUUGUAUGUCGCAACUGCUUCAUGUAUUUUGAGGAUGUCAAUAGAUAAAGAAAAUGGAUCAGUUAUAGACAUAGCAGAGUUUGUUACUCCGGUUUCAGCUGGUGUGCAAAUACGUGCUUUAGAGCUUGAUGUUGAGAAUGGAGAUUUGUAUUGGGGAAAUUUGUUCAAUAAUGCAAUUUUUAAACUAUCUAUUAAUGGAAAUGUUGAAAAAAAGUUAUUUAGUUAUGCAAUUGGUUACAUUACUGGUCUUGCUGUAGAUUCACCUUCACACAUGCUUUAUUGGGUUGAUAAUCUAAUGAAACUGAUUGAGGUAUCAACAACUGAAGGUCUAUAUCGCAAAGUUUUGUUCAAGUUAAAUAGAGAUUCCGAAGCAAGAGCAAUUGUUCUUCAUCCUGCAUAUGGGUAUUUAUUUUGGACUGAUUGGGGUGUUACAGCAAAAAUUGAAAGAGCAACCUGUUCUGGAACAAAUCGUGUUACAUUAGUGUCGAAUGAUAUUGUUUGGCCUAAUGAUAUUACAAUUGAUUACAAUACCAAUGUUCUUUAUUGGGUUGAUGCAUAUCUUGAUGUCUUAUCAGCUGUUGAUAUAAAUGGUGGAAAUAGAAAAAAAAUAUUACAAUUAAAAUAUAAACCUUUUCCACACCCCUUCAGCUUAGUAUAUUUUAACAACAAAAUAUAUGUUUCCGAUUGGACAGAUGAUUCAAUUUAUUUGAUAUCUUCUAAUGGAUCGUCACAAAAGAUUUUUCAAUUGUCUGACACUUUAAAAAAUUAUUCCAGUAGUAAUAUUGGACAGGUGAAGGUUUAUGCAAAAAGAACAGCAGUAUAUUCUCCAUGUUCAUCAAGUACUAACUGUUCACAUUUGUGCUUCACUUUGUCUACAAUUACUUUUUCUUGUGGGUGUCCAGUUGGAUUGAUUUUGUCAUCAGAUAAUUAUACCUGUGUUAACGCUCAGAAACAUUUUGAGAUCUUUUUUACUGACAGGGGAAUGAACUCAAUAUAUCAAUUAGUCAAGUAUGUUGAUCAAGAUGGGUUUACAAUAAAACCCUUAGUAAUUCCAGGUAUGGAAGGAAUAAGACAAUAUCCAGUAGCAAUUAAUUAUGAUCAAGAUUACUUGUAUUGGACAGACACCAAAUCUUACAAAACAUAUCGAAUGAGAAUGAAUGGUAGUGACUUGGAGGUUGUAAUUAAUCAUGUUAAUCAUUCUUCAAUUGGUCUUGCUGUUGAUCAUAUAAGUAAGUUGAUGUUUUUCUUUGACCAUUCUGAUGAUAGACACCUAAAUUUAGUUGUAUCGGACUUGAAAGGAAAAAAUGUCAAAAGUCUUGUUUCUAAUAUAAUUAAUCCACAAGAUAUUGUUUACUAUGAUGGGUAUAUUUUUUAUUCUGAUCUUGGAUCAAAUCUUAUUGGUCGUAUAAAUUCUGAUGGAACAGAGCUUAUAACAUUAGUGAAUCCAUCCAAUUAUCUUUUGUAUCCAACAGGAUUAGCAGUAGAUAUUGUUGAAAAACGUUUGUACUGGUGUGAUCAGUCUAAUAAUCUUAUUGAGUCAAGUGAUUUAAACUUCUCACAACGAAGAAAGGUCAUUCAAAAGACAAUUUUUUUUCAAAAUCAAUUUUGGUUAGCAAAUAAUCUUGGUGAAGUGCUAGAUCCUUUUGAUUUAAUUGUGCAUCAUGAACGUAUUUAUUGGACGGAUUUGCAAAAGCAAGCAAUUUUUGUUGCUGAUAAGAGAAGCGGUAGCAAUAUUGAGUAUGUGACAGGAGGUUUGAGUCAACCAAUGAGAAUGCUUAUUACAGGAGAUAUACCACAUGAAGAGUUACGGAAAGUUUAUUUAUUUUCAUUUACAACAAAUCCAAUAAAUACACAAUUUUCAAAAUGUUUCAGACAAUCUUCGUGUAAUUCUGAACAACAAUUGUCUGCUCCUAAUUUAUGUCCUCCUGGUUAUCAAGAAACAAAUUAUGGUUAUACUUGCAGUAAUUGUUCAGAUGCGUUUGGUGCAAAUUUUAAAUGCUUUUGUUCUGACUGGAUGACAUGUGCUCAACGUGGUUAUGCAAAUAUAUUUGGCUGCCAUCCAGAAAGACCAUUUAUUGAGUUUAAAGUUCGCGAAUGUACACAAGUUGUAAAAUCUGGUAUUUGUCCUUAUAAAACUUUAUGUUCAAAUGAAAUGCAAUCAUGUUUAUCUGAUCGAGAUUGUAAUGAUUCUUCUAAAUGUUGUCAAAGUUCUUGUGGAUCCAAAUGUGUUACUUAUCUCAUAAAAAAUGAUCAUCCUUGUACAGUUAACAAUGGUGGAUGCUCACAUAUUUGCUUCUCUUCUACUAGAUGGUUAAAGUGUGGAUGUCCUGAUGGAAUGAAACUUAUGGAGAAUGGCAAGGAAUGUCAAAACAUUUCUUAUACACUUACCUCAAGUAUACAAAGUAUUAUGCUGAUUCAAUCUGUUGAUGUUAUAUCAUUUUUGCCAAAAAUAACUGUGAAGCCAUCUUUUACAAAUUUGGUUGCUACAUCAAGUAUGUUUGUCACUACCAUUGCAUUGUCAACACCUAGCACAGGUUUCUCAGAUUUUUCCAAUCGAUCAUUUAAAUCUGAUUUUACUAUAAUCAGUACAUUUAUGUUUUCAAAGCAAAUUGUAAACAGUGUUCCACAGCAUUACUCAAGUGCAAUGUUAAACAAUACAAAGGGUUCUUUGAAACCUUCACUUAUGGGUUCUUUGAAAACUUCUUCACUUGAUGCAAAAUGCUCCUCAAUUGAUUUGAUUCCUUUUGAGUCUACAAUAAAUUUAGACUCAAUAACUACUUCAAUUGUUGUAUCUACAGUUUCAUCAAGUAUUGGGUGCUGCUUAGCAAUGAAAGCUGAUUGUUGUUCUAUGAUUGUUUCCGUAGCAACUACAGAUUGUUGUACCGAAAAUGAACUGUGUCAGGGAAUUUUAUGUAAUAAUGGAGGUAGCUGUAAUGUACUUAACAAAACAGCUAAAUGUUUGUGUGUUGAUGAUUGGUUUGGUUCAUCCUGUCAAUUAUAUACAAAAUCAGAGUUAAUGUCAGUAUCGCUGCAAACUACAAAAGAGAUUACUAAAGAAUAUCUAAUGACAUCACUGGCAAGUUAUUAUUCACAGUAUUGCUCUGAUUAUAAAAACAAUUGUGUUUAUGAUGCGCUAAAAAGAAGACGUCGCUCAAUCUUCAACCAAGAAGAUAUUUAUAUUCGUCAAUUUCAAUAUAAAAACAACUACUUAAGUUUUGAUUUUGCUAUUGUAAGUGAGACUAAUGGUGUCUUAAAAAAAGAAAGUAUAAAAGCAGGUUUAAAUGGUUUUAUUGAUUCAUUGGAUUCCAGUCUUCAAGCAAAACUUGUGAGUGCAAACUACUUGGAAAGUUCAGUAAAAAAAAGUAAUUCGACUCUAAUUGGUGCACUUAUAUGUUUGUUCAUUGUUAUUACAAUCCUUAUUCUUCUCUUUGCUUUUUUACGCUACAAAAAAAGACCAGUUCGACAUGCUGUUCAAUGGUCAUUGCAAAAUCAAAUAUUUAUAGAUGCUUAUCCCCACGAAGUAUCUCUUCCUAAUGAGUCUUUUCCGAGUUCUUUAGGUUAUACGAACCCAAUGUACGCUGAGAACAACUGUGAACAAAAUUUAGAUAAAAAUAUUAUUAAUGAUAACGUUGUGCUUCAAGAGAAUGAUGUUAAGAAACAAACACAACAAUGGGUACAAUUCACAAAUGACGAUGAAAUUUUGGAAAAAACACCUAUAAAAGAAUUUGUUUCGCCGUUUGAUGACUAUCAAACUGAAACUUUAAACCAGAGUGUAUUUUCUUCAUCUCCGGUUAUUUCAACUUUUCAAAGAUCUUGUUCAGUAAAUAAUGACUUUUUUAAUGAUUGCGGUGUCUUACAUACUCAACUUAGUGACGAUUAUGUAGUUCUUACAAGACCUGCAAGUUCAAGAUUAAUUGAAGUAACACCUUUGGAUGAUUCAGUUUCAAAGGAAGAAUUACAUUCUGAUUGCUAAACUGUUUUUUUAUUAUUUUUUGAGUACAAAUUACGCCACAAAUUUUACGCUAAACAAUGAUGAACACUAAUAAAAAUAAUGUGUUUUGAA